AUGGACAACGAUUGCGGUUGCUCUUCCCGCGCAAGGGGGGUGAGCAAAGCACCAAUCCUCACUGGCGACUAUAAUAUAUCCUGGAAUCAUAUAUUAUCAGCAUCAUCAUGUCGAAAAUGCACCCAAGGCAAGAAAACAGACUUUAGUUCUUCGGCUAAACAGUCGAAAUCAUCAACUGCUUCGGAAGCCCCAUACUUUCCCUUCAAAAAGUCAGAUCAUUACUAUGGUGACUUAGAUUCAACUCAUGUCCCAUUGUCAUUCUUAUAUCAUAAGUCACCUUAUUUGUAUAAGAAACGCACUUCAUUGGCGGAGGCUGCGGUACCUGUUCCUCAUAGAACAUCAAGUCUAGCUUUCAGAUCAUCAUCCAAGAAUUUGAAGAAAAUGGGUUCGGUUCAGGAGUUACUUCCAGCUUCACCUGAAGCCUCUGGCUCCCCCGGGUUUUCGUCUAGUCUUAGCUUUGGUACCAAGCAUCUCGAGCAUGUGCAGAAAGUACUGGAAGAUAUCCGAACAUGGCACAAGGAGGUCUCCAUAUCAAUCGCGAGAUCACAUCCUCGAAACGCCAAGGACUGCCACCAAAAUAAUGUCAACAACAUUCCAUCGCAGGAUUCUCAUGACCACCGGACUCGAUAUCUUGAAAGCACAUCUAUGAAUACUCUACAACAAAACGCUUCGUGGGCUCGCGUCUUUAAUGGAGACAACACAACUUCUCGAAGAUAUACUUCUAGUUCACUUUGUCCUGGAUCCAAUGAAAUUUCCUCUACUUGGAGAACUGAUCCCAUUCCAUCCAGUAUCUACAAACCAAAGCCGAUACAUAGUAUUGGGACCCGGCAAAAUCCUCGACCAAUACCUAGCCCAAGGACAUCCAGCCUUGGUGCCACGAUGGGACCAAGACGAAGAAACGCCGUCCGCGGUCGAAUCCUUCCACACCCAGUCUCCAUUAUCUGUUCAACCUUAAAACAGCAUUCACACCAAGCGCAAUUCACCGGAAGCUCUCCGGGCGAUUUGGUUCUAGAUGAUUAUUCUGGGGACCGCGAAAGCGCUUUGAUCAGUAAAGAGGAGAAUACCAAAACCGAAACUAUCCACUUCCCAGCUGUUAUUUUUACACAGUCAAAGUUGCCCAUAGAUUCGCCGGAUCAUCCAUGCGAACAUCCAGAAAGCCACAAAAACGGGCUUCCUUAUAGCGGUACUGUCAUCAGGCUUUCCGCAAGGCACUCAAGUCUGCAAUCUAGCGAGCCAACCUUUGAAACGCUACCUUUCCAGAACGACGAGGAAGAAGAAAAGUCUAGACAUCAUAUUGCAUUUGUACAUUCAGCACUACGAAAUUUGGUACCGUUCGAAGUCUCCGACUAUCUCUACAGAGUUUCACAAUCGCCUGAGGCUUCCGAUUAUCCUGGAGAGGCUUUCUUGGACGAUUUUGCAGUCACAACAUCUCCAUAUAUCAAAUCUAAUUCUGGUUACCAGUCUUCUGAAACACUUGGGCAGGAUGAAUGUUGUAAUCCUGGAGACAAGUUGUCUCCGAAGAGAGUCUCGAAUGGACGUCCUCCCACACAACCUGUGGAUAUAGUUAAUACCACGAAGACGUCGACCGUCCAAAAGAUAGUAACCGAAAUCCUCCCAGCCAGCUCCGGUCUUGCCUUCGGCAAAGAUGCCCGCGAUCUGCUUAUCGAAUGUUGCGUCGAAUUCAUCACCCUCAUCUCAUCCGAAGCAAACGAAAUCUCCGAAAAGGAAAGCAAGAAAACCAUUGCCUGUGAACAUAUUACGAAGGCUUUGGAACAGUUGGGCUUUGGGGAGUAUGUUAAGGAUAUUGUGGAGGUGGCCAGUGAGCACAAGGAACAAUUGAAGGGAAGAGAGAAGAAAGCAAAUAAACUCGAACAAUCGGGUCUUACGCCAGAACAAUUAUUGGCAAUGCAGGAAGAAGCUUUUAGAGAUGCAGCACAACGUCAUGGUUGA